AUGCCACCCAACACCGAAUUACAUACAACUACAACGAGUCAGGAACGUGUCGUGCUGACACAACAACAAGUGGAAGAACGAGUCAAACAGGGUGAAGCGCUGUUUAUCUUUGAAAAUCAAGUGUACAAAGUCGACCGUUUCAUUCACAAACAUCCCGGUGGGGAACUUGCUAUUCGUCAUGUACUCGGCAAGGAUGUCACUGACGAGAUCCGGUCCAUGCAUCCACCACGUGUGUACGAGCGUAUGAUGCGACAUUACUGCAUUGGCGAAUACCUGUCAGACUUGGCACUACCAGUGAAUAUGGAUUAUAAGCGAGAAGAAAACGAUGACAAGCAAGCAAGAACAGUAAUGAUUGACGCGUCGUGGCAAGGUGGUAUGAGCGUGGAAGGCUUUGAUCAAACAAUCAGUUCACUUCAUACACAGCACUAUGCUAGUCAGCAACAAGAUCUGCAAGUACAACAAGGACUGGAUGUGACCAAAGUGCGUGUAGCAUACAGGCGACUAGAGCAAGAGUUAAUGGAUCGUGGAUUAUUCGAAUGCAACUAUUAUCGAUAUGGAAAAGAGUGUUGUCGAUAUGCCUUGUUCUUAUACCUAUCACUGUGGUUUACGCUACGUGGAACGGAGACAUGGCAACAUGUAUUGGGUGCUGUAUUCAUGGCGUGCUUAUGGCAUCAGCUGGUGUUUACCGCUCACGACGCUGGACAUAACGAAAUCACGGGACGUGUCGAGAUUGAUCAUUUGAUCGGAGUGAUUAUAGCAGACUUUAUUGGAGGAUUAUCACUUGGUUGGUGGAAGAACAACCAUAACGUUCAUCAUAUUGUCACCAAUCAUCCAGAACAUGAUCCAGAUAUUCAGCAUUUACCUUUCUUUGCUAUCACCACACGUUUCUUUGACAACAUUUAUUCGACUUAUUACAAACGUGUAUUUGAAUUUGAUGCACCUGCACGUUUCUUUGUGCGAUAUCAACAUCAUCUCUACUAUAUUGUCCUCCUCUUUGGCCGAUUCAAUUUACACCGUCUGUCUUUCUUAUAUCUAUUCUUCGAUAAGGAAGUACGUAAUCGUCGCCUCGAAUUAUUUGGCAUUACUUGCUUUUUUAUCUGGUACGGUGCUCUACUAGCUCAGUUGCCAUCUUGGGGCAUGGUUGUUGCCUAUGUAUUUAUUUCAUACAUGCUUACUUUCCCACUGCAUGUACAAAUCACCCUUUCACACUUUGGUAUGUCUACCGUGGAUUUUGGUCCUCGUGAACCCUUCCCUGCCAAACAACUACGCACCACGAUGGAUGUCGAUUGUCCCGAAUGGUUUGAUUGGUUCCACGGCGGUCUUCAAUAUCAGGCGGUUCAUCACCUUUUUCCACGUUUACCCCGGCAUAAUCUACGUCAAUGCGUUCCAUUUGUUCGCCGCUUUUGUCAGGAAACUGGACUGCAUUAUUAUAUGUACGAUUUUACUACUGGUAAUGGUGUUAUUCUUGGUGCUCUCAAAUCAGUUGCCGACCAGGUCCAUCUUCUCAAUGACGUCGCAAAAUAUAACGCAGGCGUUUGGGCCCAUGAAAAACAACAUUAA